CGGUGGCGCAGGCGGGAGCGGCGCGAGGAGUGCUGAAGACAGCGGCCGAGCCGGAGUGGACGCCGGGUCCGGACCAGCCCGCAGCUCCAAGGCUGCUAAAUUGGAUACCGCAGUGCAAUCCUCGGGGUCCCAAUGGGGGACUCAGGAUCAAGACGAUGUACCCUGGUCUCCCGGUUGCCAAUAUUCAGGAAAAGUAUUAGCAGAAGACAUGAUUCUCUCCCUUCUUCCCCCUCUUCCAGUAACACAGCUGGUGUGCACAGCUCCUCCCCUUCCAGCACCAACUCCAGCUCAGGGAGCACCGGGAAACGCAGGAGCAUCUUCCGUGCUCCCUCUAUCAGCUUCCACCAUAAGAAGGGGAGCGAACCUAAGCCAGAACCCACUGACCAGAACCUUAGUAUUUCCAAUGGUGCUCAACCUAGUCACAGCAAUAUGCAGAAACUAAGUUUGGAGGAACAAGUCAAAACCAGGGGAAGACAUUCUGUGGGUUUUAGUAGUUCACGAAGUAAGAAGAUAACAAGAUCUUUGACGGAAGAUUUUGAAAGGGAAAAGGAGCCUUCAACUAAUAAGAAUGUCUUUAUCAAUUGUCUCAGUUCUGGCAGAAGUGAAGGGGACGAUUCUGGAUUCACAGAAGAACAAAGUCGCCGUUCUAUUAAACAGUCAACAAAGAAGCUACUACCCAAAUCCUUUUCAUCUCACUAUAAGUUUUCUAAGUCGGUUCCGGUUCCUCAGAGCCAAUCCACAUCAUUGGUGCAGCAGCCUGAAUUCUCGCUGGCAAUUGCACAGUACCAAGAGCAGGAGCCCGCUUUAGGAAGACCUUCCCCACCUUGCUCUGUGGAUGUAACAGAGCGCGCAGGAAGUUCCUUACAGUCGCCUCUGCUUUCUGCUGACCUGACCACAGCUCAGACCCCUUCAGAAUUUUUGGCCUUGACUGAAGAUUCUUUGUCUGAGGCAGAUGCCUUUCCUAAAAGUGGAAGCACGGCAUCACACUGCUGCGACAACUCUGGCCACAAUGAUGCUACCUCUCAGCCCACUCCCAGUCUUACUGCUGUCACAAAGACAAAGAUGGAAUUUGUGGGGACUGCGUCCUGUAUGAUGAUGUCUCCGGGGAGGUACAGGCUAGAAGGUCGGUGUAGCACCGAACUGCAGUCUUCACCAGAGACCCCUGCUGCUAAUCAGAGGGAAGCUUUACAAAGCACUGAGCCCUCUGUUAGGAAUGCUAGUGACCCAGAAACCCACUUACCAGCUGAUCAUCAAAGAGUAGAGCACCCCUUGGCACAUGCUGGUGAACCAAUGCUGAGAACCAGCUCCCCCAGGACACUGGGCUCCUGUGACCAGCACAAGACACUGGCUGAACACUUUAAAGGGAUACACCCUGUUUCGGAUUCAAGGGUUAUCCCUUCCUCUGGGGAUCAUCAUGUUUUUAACAAAACAUCUUAUGGAUAUGAAGCGAGUGCUGCCAAAGUUCUUGCCAGUAGCCUCAGCCCGUAUCGAGAAGGAAGAUAUAUAGAGCGGCGGCUGCGGUCCUCGUCUGAAGGGACAGCUGGGAGUGGCAGAAUGGUCUUGAAGCCGAAGGAUGGGCAUGUGGAAGCCAGCAGCUUGAGAAAACACAGAACGGGGUCCUCCUCUUCCAAAAUGAACAGUCUGGAUGUCCUAAAUCAUUUGGGGUCCUGCGAACUGGAUGAAGAUGAUCUAAUGCUUGAUUUAGAAUUUUUAGAGGAGCAGAAUCUUCAACCACCAGUUUGCCGAGAAGAUUCCUGCCAGUCUGUAAUGUCCUGUGCAGCUGUCCUUCUUAGCCCAGUGGACCCAGCAAAGGAAAUGAAUAUGGAUAUGCUAGAAGAACCAAAAUGUCCCGAGCCUUCCAAACAGAGCCUUUCUCUGAAAAUAACAAAAGACACUGAUCAAGAGGCCCGGUGUCCCCAUGUCAGCCGCAUGCCCAACAGUCCUUCCACAGAUUGGCCCCUGCAGGGCGUGGAGGAAAAUGGAGGCAUAGAUUCUCUGCCAUUCAGACUGAUGCUCCAGGAGUGCACAGCAGUGAAGACACUGCUACUGAAGAUGAAGAGAGUGCUGCAAGAGAGUGAUGUGAGCCCUUCCAGUAGUACCACCUCACUUCCCAUCAGUCCUCUCACCGAAGAGCCACUGCCCUUCAAGGAUGUAAUGAAAGACGAGUGCUCCAUGCUGAGGCUGCAACUGAAGGACAGGGAUGAGCUCAUUUCUCACCUUCGGGCAGAGCUGGAAAAGGUGCAGCAUUUACAGAAGGCGUUUGCUUCACGAGUAGAUAAAUCCACGCAGACUGAACUUCUAGGAUGUGAUACUACACAUCGAAAUCGAACCAUGAGCCAAAGUCACAGCACAAGGGACAGAAAAGCAAUACAUACUCCCACCGAGGACCGCUUUAGAUACUCUGCAGCUGACCCGACAAGUCCCUACAAGAACAGCUGCCAACUCCCAGGUCUGUGUCUAAGCAAUUUCUUGAAGGACAAAGAAUUAGGAGUUAUGAAACAUACAAGGGGAAGUCAUGAAGCUGUCACCUCAGAAAUGACUCAGAACUCGAGGACAACGAUGGGGCAGAGCUUCCUGAAGCCAGCAGCUAAGCCAGAAGGGCUGUCCAUGUUCUCAGAGAAACCAAAGGACCCAGCAGCUCUGUCCCGACAGCAUUCAACCUUUACAGGCAGAUUUGGACAGCCACCCAGAGGACCUAUCUCCUUACAUACAUACAGCAGAAAGAAUGUUUUUCUCCACCACAAUUUGCAUACAACAGAAUUCCAGACUCUGGGCCAGCAGGAUGGAUAGAAUGAUCUAUGCCCUGUGAACAAUAGAGAUGACUACUGUCCCACAUGCCAUCUAAAAGUGGCCAUGUCCAUUUUACUACUUUUAUUUUUAUCUGUAAGCAAAUACUUAGGGACUUUUAUUUUAUUUCUAAAAAAUGACAGGUUGAGUAUGUUGACUUACUAGGUCGAAUUGUUCAGAAGACUUUGCUAUGGAAACAUCCGUGUAUAAUGAGUGGGAUGAUCUAUCUGGCUUAUGUGGUCUUUAAGUUAUUUAUAUUUUUUUCUGUAUCAAUUGCUAAUAUGCUUUGAGUUUUCAAGAAAGUACUAUCCAAUAGCUCUCUGUUGAUGCUCUUACUAUUAAGUAGGUUAGAAGAAUGAGUAGAGGAAGGAAGUGUACAGAUAGAUAACAUAGUGGCUAGGAAGAGCAGAAGAGACUUAAAGCUUAUACUAGGUGGUGUGUUUGUUAGUGUAAUGAAGCUCGUUUGCUUGUAACCUGAGAUACCUGUGUCUCUCUAUUACAUACAUUCAAGCUUGUGGAACUAUUGGGAGGGAAGGACCAUUUCUCUAGUUUUUAGAAUGUUUAGUUACACUGGUUCACAAAGGAUAGAAAGUCACAGCUCUGCUUUUCACACGGUUUAGCUUUUUAGUUUCGUUUUUUUGUUUUCCUACUGAUAUAGAAAGUAUGAAAAUGUCAGAGUAAAGUGACGUCAGCAUAAUUUUGCCAAAUGGCACACUCUGUGGUUAUCAUCAUGGUUAAAGAACAUUUUUUCCUUUAAAUUUCAAUGACUUAAUAUUCUAAAAUAUAUAUUUAUUUGCUACACUUUUUUGUAUUUUCAAAAUAUUCUUUUAUUUUUAUUUACAUCUAGGUUUACUUUACAGUCAUUAAGCCAUGAUGUUUUAAUUAAGAAACAGAAUGACUGGUUUGGUUUGGUUUUUAUGACUUAUAUCUAACAUUCUGGCUACAUGCUCAACUAGAUUGUCAAUAAAAUAUGAAAUAUGUGGACUUUGACAAUUGGAGCUACAAAAUAAAUCUAACGAAAAUGCUUCAGUUUCCUUUGGUAGCAAAUAUUAGCCUUUGACAUGUAAGGUCUAAUAUGUUGCAUAUUUAAAUGUAUCAGAGAUAGAUCAAAAAUUCUAAAUAGAAGCACCAUGCUCUUUUAGUAGAAGUAUCAAAUGACCGUUUACUUAGGGAGAGUUCAGGGCUAGUAACUACUCACAAUCAGUAUAGUGGAUGAAAUGAAACGAUCGGACCCAGUGCAUGUGCUGUUUCUCAUGCAUUCUCUAACAAGCAGAUUCCAGCAGCAUGCCAAAAUGAGAUGAACAAAGGGGAAACAGCAUGGCAGUUUUAGUAUGCCAUUUGACUAAGCCGCUAAUAAUAGAGCUACACUGAACAUGCAUCGCCUAAUAUAAAAAUACAUUUGAACUCUACGUUUUGGGGGAGAAUACUGAGCUGCCCCUCCCAGCUUUAAUUAUUGAAGGUUGGCUGUGCUCGUACGUUUUUUAUUUUGCUAGUGAUGCAUGUAUAUCACACGAGCGCUUCUGUGUUUCAUGUGUGCGUGUGUGUGUCUGUGUGUGUGUGUGCGUGUGCGCUUGUGUGCACGUGUGUGUGUGUGUGUGUGUGUGUGUGUGUGUGUGUGUGUGUGUUUAUAAUUCUGCUGAACAGAAAAAGGCACUGCAGCUUGCUGCCAAACAUUCCCAACAUGCUCUAGAAGCUGCAAAAGUCAGGCUGAUGUGCUUUAUGAGCUGGACGAUAUUUGUAAAAUUAUGAAAACAAAUGAUUAGUUGUAGAAUUCAACUUGAUUUGUAUUGAAAGUUGGUUUCUAUUGUAAGAAUAAUUUAAAAGUGUAAAUACCCCAGCAUGAUAAACAAAACAAAGUUUUUUUUUCCUCCAGGAUACGGAAAAAUAUGCAAGGAAACAAGCAAUGUUUUUCAUUUGCAUUUUGACGUUUAUAGUUAUGUUUUCUUGGAAGAUAGCUUUUGAAUUAUACUUUGUAAGAAAUAAUCUAUUUAAAAUAUCCUGUCAUUUAAUAGACAUUUUAAGAGAUGUUUUAAACGCUAGUAUUUUCUUGACAAACCUUUUUUAAACUGAAACACUCAAAAAGAAACCCUGAGAUAACCUGCUCAAUUUUGAAAGGGAGGGUAUUUUUGGAACGAUCACCUUGAGCCUGCUCUGUAUCAGUAUUUUCAUCCGUGUUCUAGUUUCAAUGUAAUACCCAGUGUGACUCAGGCCUGGAGAAGGUGCAAGCCCAUAAUGUUCGUGCAGGCCAGGAACAAUGGCAUGGUUUCUUUCAGCAGAUCCUCUGUGUGGCUCUCCUAAGUCCUAACAACCUCGUGUGGGCACUCUUUCAGCGAAUUGAUUUCUUUGUACUAAAAUCUCUAGUUUUCUAAGCCUGUUCCACAUAUUGAACAGUUUUAUACAUUUCUCCAAGGCGGUACAUAUCCAAAGACAUGAGGCCAGGGAAAAAAAAGUGCUUGUUUUUCUGAUGAGGCAAUGGUCUCCUCCUUUUUCUUCUUUGCAUGUAUUUGUGUAGCUAAGUCUCAAUAUCCAUGUAACACUUCUGCUGCAGACUCUUCCCAGCACACGGUGUAGAAGAGUCAUCCCUUGAAGGAGAACUGUGUCUACCUGAAAUAAACUAUUCCCACUUUUGUAA